AUGUCACACGGGAGAGGUGUGAUAAUAGACGCUGGGGAAAGGAGCCGUAGACGAGCAGCUGAAGAGGCCGCCAAGGAGAUUCAGACCUAUUACUCGGGUUUGAGGGCGGCAACACCUCUAGCACGAUCUUCAACAGGAUUGCAGGCAGCAAGCGCUGCUUCAGCUCGGUCAAAGGGCCGUUCGAGAGGCCCUCCUGGAGAAGUGAGUGACCUCACUUUGGGACAGAAAGGUACGUGGUUGUCCAGGGAAGUUUCCCUACCGCGGGAGGUUCCAGAUCCGUCACAAUUCCAGUCUGAUUCCGAGCCACGGGGCGAGGAAUUCGAGGACGCACAGAGCUGCCAGGAUUCUGGGAAUCCGGAAGCAGGGGGUGCUGUGACGGAAGGGACAUACGAGUCCGUAGCUGCACGUAAGCAGCACGAGGGGGCUCGUGAGGUAGGGAACGAAGGAAGGGUUAACGCACGUACCGGGGCGGGUAACGAGAAGCGGCAGGAACUGCGGGUCGUCGAUCGUGAUCAGGGAUCACGCACGCGUCAGGCGGAGUUCGACGACCGCGAGUCGCUUAUCCCGCAGGUGUCAGUCUCCAGUGUCCAGGAAAGGAUCGACGAGCAGCGGGGGAAGUCGUACGACCCAAAUUCGCUCGGAACGCAGGGGUCGGUGACUGGAAACCGAGAGGUGUGGCAGGGGUCGGCGUGGGCGGAAGGCGCUGCCGACAGGAAACGCAUAGUUAGCGUGGAAGCCGAUACCUCCGGGGUCAUCAACAGAUCGUCGGGUAGCGACAGCGGACAGCCGUUGGAAGCGAGGAACGACGAGCAGCGAGGGGUGGGCUUGGAUAGAAGAAGCCUGCGCGAAGGCCUACGGCCUAGAGCGUUUAGUACUCCACAGGAAGCGGCAACGGUGAGACAGGGACGCGGUGGAUUCAGCGUAGGAGGAUCGCCAAGCCGACAGUCUCUGGAAGAUCCUGAACUCGAGUGGGACCCGGCUAUUGAUGUUUCGCUCGAGGGUGCUGCCUACAAAUGGAUUGUAGGCCUUGAGGCGAGAAACGCACGCCCAGAGCACUGGGAGGACCGGGAGGUCCAAGUAGCCGGAACUGAGGACGAGCCAGCACACUACAGAGAGGUGCGUGGGCUCAAGACGCUUUUCCUGAAGCAGUUCGUGGCGGUAAACCUGAAGCGGCAGACGGAAAGGAAGCUGCGCAUGCGGGUCCAAAGGAAGGAGGAAGACAUCACGGAAUACUACCAUGAUGUUAUGGAUAUGUGUCGCAUGGUUCAGCCAGACAUGGCCGAAGAGGUGCGCAUAGACCACCUUUUCAGGGGAUUGAGCCCGGCUCUCUACGAGAGGCUUUACGUGUUGGGCAUUAAAUCGUGUGAAGAAUUCCUGGAGGAGGCGAGACUUCACGCAGAUGCCGUAAAAACAGCCUAUGAGAGGGGGUACGAGGAUGCGCGUAGAGAGCGCGAGAAGCCGGCAGUCGGGGCGGUAGGCCUUGACAAGGUGCAAGACCUACAGCGCCAGAUUCAAGAACUGAGGGACGAGCUAGCCCGGGCAGGAGAUCCUUCGAGGAGCCAGAAAGCCAGAAAGAAAAAUCUGUUUCGCUGUUAUAAUUGCGAUGAAGAAGGACACAUUGCAAGAAGCUGCCAAAAAGAAAAGAAGGAGAGGGCGAUGAAACCCAAGAAGCCCGAGGGGGAGGAGCCUAAGGCGGCCUGCGCGGUGAUUGGCGGAGACCAGACUAUGGGAAUGACAAAUGGUGAUCGUCAGCCGACCGAAGAAAUUUGGAUUGGUGGACGACCAGUCGAUGCCUUGGUGGACACGGGAGCAAUAAUUUCAGUUAUUUCACCAUCAUUGGCGAGUAAAUUGAAGCUGAAAAUAGUCCCGUGGGAAGGACCUAUGGUCGUGACGGCUGAUGGACAACCGAUGAACCCGAGAGGAAAGGUUUCCUUAACGGUCACGAAUAAAAACGCGUCCGUGGAGGGUGAAGCCUUGGUCCUAAAGACGUUUGGACCAGAAUUUAUCAUGGGAAGAAAUCUACUGAAGCUGUUUCGAGAGCUAAAAAUUUGUUUUAGCGACCCGCCAAUAGUGGAACUCGGUGCCAUCCACAUGGAAGCGAGCAGCGGGAAUGAAACAGUGAGGAAAGUGACAGCGAUGGUGCGGGUGACGGUGCCGAAAAGAAGUGCGGUGCCAGUGAAAGUGUCAAUCCCUGAGACGGGAGGAAAUGACACGAUUAUGUUACUCAGACCGUCAAAGAAACUGCUGCAGAAUAGUGGACUGUCGGCGGGUCAUGCGCUGAUCGACUGCUCGAAGACGAAUGCAGUGGUUCACGUGAUGAAUGUCGAUCAUACGGAUCACGUCAUCGUGGAGGGAACAUCCAUCGGUCACCUAGUGCCCAUUGACCAGACCAGUAAUCUCUCUCUGGAAGUUGGUGAAGGGAGGGAUGCAGCUGGAGAAGUGAGGGGAUGGCCGGGAAAAUCACGGGAGCCAGUGGCAUUCGAUCAUUGUGUGGCGUCGACCUUAGCGGCGCAAGAUCGAAACGACCUAAUUGAGCUGCUGAUAGAGUUCCAAGAUGUGUUUGCCGACAGCGGUGAUUGUUUGGGCCAGUGCACUGUGCUUGAACAUGCAAUCCCAACGGGAGGAGCGGCACCGAUUAAACAACUGCCAAGGAGACGUGCAUGGAGGGAGCGGGAAUUGAUUAAGGAUGAGGUCGACAAGAUGCUUAAGCAGGGGGUUAUAGAGCCUGCUCAAAGUCCGUGGUCAUCGCCCAUCGUUCUGGUGAAGAAAAAGGACGGGAAGUGGCGAUUCUGCAUUGACUACAGGCGGCUGAAUGAAGUGACAACGAAAGAUGUGUACCCACUCCCGCGCAUUGACGAUGCACUGUCCAAAUUGGAGGGAGCGGCUCUGUUUAGUGUUGUAGACCUUCAGAGCGGGUACUGGCAGGUGCCAGUCGCGGAAGCUGAUAAGCCGAAGACAGCUUUCGUUACACCGGAUGGCCUGUACCAGUUCCGAGUAAUGCCGUUUGGGCUUUGCUCAGCUCCGAGCACAUUCCAACGACUAAUGGAUAUGGUGUUGGCAGGAUUGAAGUGGACUGAUUGCCUGGUCUACAUGGAUGACGUGGUCAUCUUUGGAAAGGAUGCUAAAGAGCAUUUGGAGAGACUAGGAAAAGUCUUAUCAUGCUUCCGAAAGGCCAAUUUAAAGCUGAAGAUGGAAAAAUGUGGCUUCGGGAACGAGCGUGUGCGGAUGCUGGGUCAUGUGGUAAGCAAGGCCGGAAUCGAGCCUGAUCCGGAGCACUGUAAGGCUAUAGAAAUGUUCCCGGGGCCAAACCUUAAUGCCAAUGAAAAGGCAAAGAGGAAGGGGGUGAAGAGCUUUGUAGGCCUUUGCUCAUUUUACCGCAAGUUUGUUCCGAACUUCGCCCAGGUGGCGUACCCGCUUACGGUAAUGGAAGGUAAAGGGGUUUUUCGUUGGGGAGAGCCGGAACGGAACGGGUUUUCCGAGCUGAAGGCUGCGCUGGUGAAAGCAGCACAGCUUGCUCAUCCGGAUUAUUCAAAGAACUUCGAAGUGCAUCCUGAUGCCUGUGAUUACGGCAUAGGGGCGGCGCUGAUGCAAGAAAGAAACGGGCACCCCAUGCCAAUUUGUUUCGUCAGCAGAGUGUUGAACAAAUCGGAGAGAAAUUACACAAUAACGGAAAAAGAGUGCCUUGCCAUUGUAUGGGCUGUAAAGAAGUUUCGGCCAUACAUUUGGGGUACAAAAAUUGUGAUAAAAACCGAUCAUCAUGCCUUAUGUUGGCUGAUGACCAAGCAGGAGCUAAGUGGCCGGCUUGAGAGAUGGAGUCUGUCGUUGCAAGAGUACGACAUUUCCAUCCACUACAAGAAAGGAAGCUUGCACGAUGACGCAGAUGCCCUAUCGCGUUACCCAAUACAAGAAAGGGGUGAGGAGGAGCAGGCGGUGGCCAUCCCAGUCGCUACUAUAGGGUUGGAUACACGGUCUUGGGCGGAUGGUCAAGACCGGGUGAAGCAGUGGCGAUGGAUCAAGCAAGUAAUGAUCAAGAAUGACUCCACCCAAUACGGAAACUUCAUGCUCAAGGAGGGCUUGCUGUACCUGAGAACAAUCAGGUUCGGGCAGGAGUUUGAUCGGCUUUGUGUGCCACCGGAACGUCGUAAGGAGGCAUUGUCGUGGGUUCAUGAUGAACCCACGGCUGGGCACCUGGGGCAAACAAAGACUCUGGAGAGAGCUAGGCAUAGAUUUUAUUGGCCUAAAAUGGACAGGGCGGUUACCCGUUAUGUCCAAAGCUGCAAGAGUUGCCAGACCCGGAAGCCGGAUCAAGGGAAGAAGAAGGGGCUGAUGGAGAUAACGCAAGUUGGGGGACCCUUCGAGCGUAUCGGCAUUGAUGUCCUGGGCCCUUUCCCGCGAUCGCGAAACGGAAACACAAACAUCGUUGUCGCGGUGGACUACCUUACGAAAUGGGUAGAAGCCAGGGCCUUGCCGGAUGCCACGGCCCGACAAAUCGCAAAAUUCUUUGUCGAGGACGUAGUGGUACGACAUGGAUUUCCACGGGAAUUGACCUCGGACCAAGGGAAGUGUUUUACGGCUGAAGUCACCCGGGAAGUGUUGGCCCUGUUGCGACUGUCACAUCGCAUGACAGUGCCUUACCAUCAACAAGCGAACGGCCUGGUUGAAGACAAAGACAGAACAAUUAAGCGCUGUACGUGGAUGAAGCAGCAAUGUUAG